GGCCUAAUCCCUCCAUGUAUAUAUAUAACCUAUCCUCCACACACCCGUUGCCAUAUUCAAAGCUCCCAACAAAACAAAACAACAGCACAAAACAGAAAGCCAUAUAUUUCAUCUCUCUCUUUCAACUUUCUUUUACCCACAAAAACUAUGUGUAAUCCAAAUCCUUCUUCUCCCUCUCUUCCACUCUCUUCCAAGAAAACCCACAACUUAAGUCUCAACAAACCUACGGAUCCUCAUGAACCAGAUACUGAAGCUGAAGAUCAACUUCAUAGGUGGCCAACACCUUCUGAGGCCUUGGAAGAAAUCAAAGCCAUAGGGAAAAUCUCAGGCCCUACAGCCAUCACAGGUCUUCUUCUAUACUCAAGAGCCAUGAUCUCCAUGCUUUUUCUGGGCUAUCUUGGGGAGCUCGAGCUCGCCGGAGGAUCGCUCUCCAUCGGCUUCGCCAACAUCACCGGCUACUCCGUGAUCUCCGGCUUGGCGAUGGGAAUGGAACCAAUUUGCGGCCAAGCUUACGGCGCAAAACAAUGGAAGCUUCUUGGCUUAACUCUGCAAAGAACAGUACUUCUCCUCCUAUCCACCUCCAUUCCCAUCUCUUUCAUGUGGCUAAACAUGAAGAGAAUCCUCUUGUGGUGCGGUCAAGACAAAGAAAUAUCAUCAGUUGCUCAUACUUUCAUCGUCUUCUCCAUUCCAGACCUCUUCUUCCUCUCACUUCUUCACCCUCUUCGAAUCUAUCUGAGGACUCAAAGCGUCACAUUACCCUUAACUUAUUGUUCUGCAAUCUCCGUUCUCCUUCAUAUCCCAAUCAAUUUCCUUCUUGUUGUCCAUUUCAAGAUGGGAAUUUCAGGGGUUGCAAUUGCAAUGGUAUGGACAAAUCUCAAUCUCUUCCUCUUGCUUUCUUCCUUCAUUUACUUCUCCGGCGUCUAUAAGAACUCGUGGGUAUCUCCAAGCACCGAUUGCGUCCGCGGAUGGUCGUCUUUGCUCGCCAUGGCCAUCCCUACCUGCAUCUCCGUUUGCCUUGAAUGGUGGUGGUAUGAGUUCAUGAUAUUGCUGUGUGGCCUUCUUGUCAACCCCAAAGCAACAAUUGCUUCAAUGGGAAUUCUCAUCCAAACAACAUCUCUUGUCUAUGUUUUCCCAUCAGCUCUCAGCCUUGGAGUUUCCACUAGAGUUGGGAAUGAAUUAGGCGCAAACCGCCCCGAAAAAGCCCGAAUUUCCACCAUCGUCUCCCUCGUUUGCGCCGUCGGAUUAGGCCUUGCAGCCAUGCUUUUCACAACCUUGAUGAGGCACCAAUGGGGUAAGUUCUUCACAACCGACGCCGAGAUUUUAGAGCUCACUGCAAUCGCAUUGCCCGUGGCCGGGCUCUGCGAGCUCGGAAACUGCCCGCAAACCACCGGCUGCGGCGUUUUGAGAGGCAGCGCGAGGCCGACGAUCGGAGCGAACAUCAAUUUGGGAUCAUUCUAUUUGGUGGGUAUGCCUGUGGCAAUCUUCUUGGGGUUUGUGGCGAAAAUAGGGUUCGCAGGGCUCUGGCUCGGGUUACUUGCGGCGCAGGCUUCAUGUGCUCUGCUCAUGCUUUAUGUUCUCUGCAACACCGAUUGGAUGAUUCAGGUAGAGAGAGCAAGGCAACUCACACAAACAUAUACCACGUCUCCUCCGUUGCCGGUAUCAUCAUCAUCAUCACCACCGGAGAUAUCUAACACUGAAGAAUCCGGCAAGAAGGCUAAUCUUGAAGAGAUAUUGUGCAUCAAUAAUGGCGAUGAGCUUCUGAUGAAGUCACCAUCACCAACAUCGCUUGAAACAGAGCCGCUUAUAUCUACUAGACAUGAUCAUAUAUAAUACUGUGUAACUGAUUGAUAUGGGAUGUUAACUUCACCAUUUUUCCCCAUCCCGGCCAUGUGAAAAUUAUUUAGAUUAAACCCUUUUCUUUUAAAAGUUGUUGUAUUAAUAAUAAUAAUAAUAAUAAUAAUAAUAAUAAACAUAGUAGAAUAGAAUCGAAACACUUUUGUAUUAUUUCUCCAAAUUGACAUUGUGUGUGUUUAUGUUGUCUGAGUGAGAGAGUGUGAGAGGUUAAGCUGUCGGUUGUUUUUGAGGCGUGGGAGGAAGAAUCUCUGCCUACCUUUCUUCUUGUUUCUUUCCAAAUUAGGCAAGCAUCUUGACUGCCUAAAAUGGAAAAAUUACCUUAAUACACUGUAAAC